AUGGCGGAACCUCAAGGGAUGCUUUACGACAUUAUCUUUGCAGGAGGAGGGGCAUCAGCAUGUAUUACAGCUGGACGGCUGGCUGCUGCUGAUCCAUCGCUCAAAAUUUUAGUCAUUGAAGCGGGACCACAUACUCGAGAAUUGCAAGACCAUAUACAACCUGCACGUUACUUCAGCAAUCUUGCCCUUGCCAAGGAGGUCUUUUCUUUUCAUAAAGGAAAACCCAGUCCAUCCCUUCUUGGUCGCGAACCAGUGGUCCCCAGUGGCCGUGCCGUCGGAGGAGGCUCCGCUGUCAAUUUUGUGGUAUACACUCGAGCCGCCGCAUCUGAUUAUGACGACUGGGAAACUAAAUUUGGGAACAAGGGAUGGGGCUCAAAACAUCUCAUUCCUCUUCUUAAGAAGGCGGAAACGUAUCAGGCGGAGAUCACCAAUGACUCUCAUGGCACCUCCGGUCCGAUCAAGGUGUCCUUUGCGCCUGAUCUCAAGAAUGUCUCAGAUGAUUUUCUCGAAGUUGCAGGAGCGUAUGACAAACAGCGUUCUCUGACCGCUGACGCUAAUGAAUUCCGGGCAGUGGAUAAAUAUGUUGAUGCGGAGACUGGUAGACGCUCCGAUACUGCGCAUCAUUACAUCUAUAACCAAGAACCCAACACUAACUUGACAGUCCUGGACAGACACAAAGUCGUUCGUGUCAUUUUCGAAAACAAGCGUGCUGUUGGAGUCCAAUACGUUAGCGAUGUUAUAGGACGCAGUGGAGGACUUACCACGCUAUUGACCGCAAGAGCAUCCCGUCUUGUUGUUCUUUCAGCAGGUGCCUUUGGAUCCGCAGCCAUUCUCGAAAGAUCAGGCAUCGGUGGAAAAUCCGUUUUGGAGAAAGCCGGUGUUGAGGUUUUGGUUGAUCUACCAGGUGUUGGUGAAAAUUACCUUGAUCACUUCGGGAUAUUUUUACCAUUCGCAGCGACUCCUGAUGCUGAUACUCUUGAUCCCAUCUUUCAUGGAAGUGAGGAAGAGAUAAACGUUUAUGCCCAACAAUGGUUAAACGACGGGAAAGGUCUUAUGUCACACAACUCUGUUGACUCGGGUAUCAAGUUCAAACCCAAUGCAGAAGAAAGAGCGGCUAUGUCACCAGAAUUUGACAAAAUCUGGACAACUUACUAUGCAGAUGUUCCCGAUCGUCCUGUUCUGCUACUUCUUCCUGUUGUGGCAUAUGUCGGCCCGGAUCCUUCAAUUACGACUGGAAAAUAUUUCACCAUGGCAUAUUUUUUGGGUUAUCCUGCUUCGGUUGGCAGCGUCCAUAUCACUUCAGGGAAUAAUCCAUAUGCCCAAUCUGAUUUCCAUCCAGGUUAUCUUGACGAUGCGGCAGACCUUGUUGUUUUGAGAUGGGGCUACAAGAAAAUUCGAGAACUCUCCCGCCGGAUGAAGCAUUAUAGAGGCGAGCUCAUUAGCGAGCACCCUAAAUUCAAGGCGGGAAGCAAUGCUGCCACCAAGCAGUCAGCCAACCCUGUAGCAUUGACAGAACCUGAUAUUGUGUAUACCAAGGAAGAUGAUGACGCUAUCGACCAGUUCACUAGAGAGAAGGCUACGACCACUUGGCAUUCCCUCGGUACAUGUGCAAUGAAACCAAGAGAACAAGGAGGCGUCGUCGACGAGCGUUUGAAUGUUUAUGGAAUUGAAGGCCUUAAAGUUGCAGGCAACAUUUGUCCAGGCAAUGUCGGAGCCAACACCUACAAUACAGCAAUUGCCAUCGGCGAGAAGGCGGCUGUCAUUAUAGCAGAAGAUCUAGGCAUAGCUGGAGUGACCACGCAUUGA